AUGGCUCAAAUGAUGCAAGGCAUGCAAGGACAACAGCCUCCUACUCAAGCUCCUGUUCCUCAAGCUGCAACUGGACCAGACUUUCGUGCUUUCUUCAGGAUGGAUCCUCCGGAGUUUGUUGGCGGACUUGAUUCACUCUUGGCUCAUGAUUGGUUAGCUGGUAUGGAGAGGGUGUUUCAAGCUAUUCAGUGUACUGAAGAAGAGAAGAGAGAGUUCACUACUUAUGCUGAGUGUUUGAGGCAAUGCUAUGUUGCCGAAAACAGUUUGAAGAGGGUUCAAGAAGAGAGGGACCAGAACAGGGCUAAUUUUAGGGAGCAAGGAAGAUCUACUCAACACUUGAGGCCCCGUAAUCCUCCCCCAAAGAUGAAGCAAAGCCAAGGUGACCGUUUCCCCCGACCUCCCUUUUGUGAUAAGUGUAGGAGGAAGCACACUGGAAAUUGUGAGAUCUCUUCUGUUAGAUGUUAUGAGUGUGGCGAGCAAGGUCACAUGAUAAGGAACUACCCGAAGAAGAGAGCUCCAAAAAAGACAGCAGGUCGUGUUUACACUUUGGAUUCAAGAAAGGCCAAGGGAAACAACAAUCUCAUUGCGGUUCUUUCCAAAGAACCUUCUGUGAGAGUUGAAUUGUCAGAGAUUUCGGUGGUGUGCGAAUUUCCUGAUGUGUUUCCUGAGGAUAUCACUUCUCUUCCUCCGGAAAGGGAAACGGAAUUCUCAAUCGAUCUUGUUCCUGGAACAGCCCCAGUUUCCAUCACUCCAUAUAGGAUGUCUCCUAUUGAACUCAGAGAGCUGAAGAGCCAAUUGGAAGAGCUUCUUGCUAAGCAUUUUAUCCAACCCAUUUUCAUGGAUUACAUGAAUCGAAUCUUUCAGCCAUAUCUGGACCAGUUUGUGGUGAUUUUCAUUGAUGAUAUUCUUGUGUAUUCUCAUACUCCCGAAGAUCAUAAAGAGCACUUGCAGAUUGUGUUACCUACUCUUCGAGAGAAGCAAUUGUAUGCCAAGUUCAAGCAUGGAUUGUUGGAGAAGUUUCGAAAUCUUAACCUUCAGUUUGAAUGGACGCCCAAUGGUGUGUUGAUUAGUAAUUUGAGCAUCCAGAAUGAGCUACGAGAAAGAAUUCAGACAUCACAGGAGUAUGAUGAGCAAUUAAAGGCGAACGAAGGCAUGUCUGAUUUUGUGAGAGCACCUGAUGGAGUAAUCUUGUUUAAGCAGAGAAUGUGCAUACCGAAUGAUUCUGAGUUGAAGCGUAUGAAGAGGGAGAUUGCAGAGUAUGUAGCACAAUGUUCCAUAUGUCAACAAGUUAAGAUUGAACACCAGAGGCCAGGAGGAAUGUUGCAAUCACUGGAGACCACUCACAAGGUGAUUCAUCUCGCAAGGCUUUUCAUAGCAGAGAUCGUACGGUUGCAUGGCGUGCCAUCUAGUAUAGUGUCCGAUCGUGAUCCAAAGUUCACUUCGAGAUUCUGGAAGAUGUUUCAUAAAGAAUUAGGGACUAGGCUGGAUAUGAGUACGUCUAACCAUCCUCAAUCCGAUGGGAAGACGGAGAGGACAAUCCAGAUGAUAGAAGAUAUGUUGAGAGCUUGCAUUUUAGAAGAAGCUCUAUACGGGAGAAAAUAUCGAUCACCAUUGUGUUGGGCCGAAGUAGGGGAGAAGAGUAUUCUUGGACCGGAGAUUAUACAAGAAACUACCAAGAAAGUUAAGAUGAUCCAAGAUAAUCUUAAGAAAGCCCAAAACCGACAAAAGAACUAUGCGGACAAGCGAAGGAGACCUUUAGAAUUUGAAGUUGGUGAUCAUGUGUAUUUGAAGGUUACUCCAAGGUUGAGAUUGGGAGGACCGUUCAAAACGCAUAAACUCAGUCCGAGGUAUGUGCGACCAUAUCAGAUUAUGAGCCGGGUAGGUGAAGUGGCUUAUCAGUUGGCAUUACCACCUUCACUAUCCGGGCUGCAUGACGUAUUCCACGUAUCUUAA